AUGAAGAAGCUGAGCAGGUUUCUGGCUUUUUCUGGUGAUGAUCAGUGGAUUAGGAAGAUUCAGAAGGAGAAGAUGGUGAUAACAAUGAAAUUGCCUUAUGAGUUAUUUGUGUGUAUAUGGUUUGUUUUCAUGAAGCAUCAUCUCGAGGGUGUUUCGGUAAUUUCAUAUUCCCUGGUCGCUCAUUGCACAUUGCGCGCCUUCUUCUCGCAAGGAUGCUCUUGCUCGAUAUUCCAAUUAGCUCCUCAUCAUCUCGCUAUCGCUGUAUCUCUUCCACUCUCUGAUGCGCUUCUGAACCCUAAUUCGGAGCCUCCGUUAAUCCGCAACAUACGCAUUGGUUUCGCCUCUUCAAUCUCUGUUCAUGCCAUGGACAUGUCGGAUGCUGUGAUUGUCAAAUCUAGCAGGCUGAAGUCUGUUGUAUGGAAUGAUUUUGAUCGGAUUAAAAAAGGUGACACCUAUCUUGCUGUUUGUAGGCAUUGUAAAAAGAAACUGAGUGGUUCAAGUACGAGUGGAACAUCACAUUUGAGGAACCAUUUAAUUAGAUGUCAACGAAGAGCUAACCAUGGCAUGGCCCAAUACAUUACAGCUAGGGAAAAGAGAAAGGAAGGAUCUCUUGCAGUUGCAAAUUUCAAUUUAGAUCAAGAUCAGAAGAAAGAUGAUGCCCUUAGCCUUGUGAACAUUAAAUAUGAGCAUGACCAAUUGAAAGAUGACACUGUCACUGCUGGAAGCAGUAACAUAGAUCAAAGACGGAGUCAAUUAGAUCUUGCACGCAUGAUUAUUCUUCAUGGUUACCCAUUGAGUAUGGUUGAGCAUGUCGGUUUCAAAAUGUUUGUAAAGAAUCUACAGCCAAUGUUUGAGCUGGUGACUUUGAAUAUGGUUGAGGCUGACUGUAUUGAGAUCUAUGAGAAAGAGAAACAAAAGAUGACUGAGAUAUUGGAUAGAUUGCCUGGUAAAAUCAGCCUUAGUGCUGAUGUGUGGACUGCUAUUGGUGUUUCUGAGUAUCUGUGUUUAACGGCAAAUUACAUUGAUGAAUCAUGGCAGUUAAGGAGGAGGAUUUUAAAUUUUAUCAUGAUGGAUCGUUCCCACACUGAAGACAUGCUUUCCGAAGCUAUCAUGACUUGUCUGAUGGAAUGGGAUAUUGAUCGAAAGUUAUUUUCCAUGACGAUGGAUUGUUGCUCCACCAGUGAUAACAUUGCUAUCAGAAUUCGUGAGCGACUUUCACAAAACAGGUUCCUUUAUUGUAACGGGCAAUUGUUUGAUAUACACUGUGCUGUAAAUGUUAUACACGUCAUGGUUCAGGAUGCUUUGGGUGCAGCGAGUGAAAUAAUCAAUAAAAUUCGAGAAAGUAUACUUUAUAUCAAAAGUUCACAAACUGUUCAAGCAAAGUUCAAUGAGAUGGCCAAAGAAGUUGGGAUUCAGAGUCAGAAGUGCUUGUUCCUAGAUAAUCCACUACAAUGGAAUUCCACUUAUUCAAUGCUGGAAGUUUUCUUAGAAUUCAGGGACGUUUUUACUCUUAUGCAAGAAAAUGAUUCUGCCCACAGAAUUUGUCUGUCUGAUGUUGAGUGGGAGAGAGCAACUGCAAUUACAAGCUAUUUAAAGCUUUUUGUAGAGGUUACGAAUGUUUUCACAAGGAGCAAGUAUCCAACUGCAAAUAUAUAUUUCCCUGAGCUCUGUGACAUUAAGUUGCAAUUAAUUGAAUGGUGCAAGAAUUCAGAUGAAUUUAUCAGUUCUAUUGCAUCAAGGAUGAGAAGCAAGUUUGAUGGAUAUUGGGGGAAAUGUAGCCUAGUAUUGGCAGUUGCAGCCAUGUUAGAUCCUAGAUUUAAGAUGAAAUUGGUAGAGUAUUACUAUCCACAGAUCUAUGGGAGCACUUCUGCUGGUCGCAUUGAUGAGGUAUUUGAGGGUGUGAAGGCUCUGUAUAAUGAACAUUCAAUCUGUUCCCCAUUAGCUUCUCCUGAUCAGGGUUUGGCAUGGCAAGUUGGUAGUGGUCCACUUUGCCUACCAGGUCCUGCAAAGGACUCCAGGGAUAGAUUGAUGGGAUUUGACAAAUUUCUUCAUGAAACUUCUCAAAGUGAGGGUGUGAAAUCGGAUCUAGACAAGUAUUUAGAAGAACCUCUCUUUCCGCGUAAUGUUGAUUUCAAUAUAUUAAACUGGUGGAAAGUUCACACUCCUAGGUAUCCUGUCUUAUCUAUGAUGGCACGAAAUGUAUUAGGCAUUCCAAUGUCAAAAGUUCCACUGGAAUUGGCAUUCAAUAAUCGAGGAAGGGUGCUUGAUCGUGAUUGGAGUUUACUUAAUCCUGCUACUGUGCAAGCUUUGGUGUGUUCACAAGACUGGAUUCAGAAUGAACUGGAAAGUUGAGCAAUGCUUUUCCGUUGCUUUCUAACUCCAUGUCAAUUUUCUCAAGUACCCGCUUGCUUAAAUAACUGCUAUUUAUGCGCCAAUGAGACAAGAGACACUGAGCUUAUGGCUCACAUGCCAGGGGUCUCGGUCUUCAUGACUGAGGUGAGAUUGAUGUCAAGUGUUCGAUUCUUGUCCUUAAUCUUCUUCUUCGUUGCUCUCAGGCCUUGAGGCCUCCUCUGUCAAAUUAGGAAUACCAAGAAAAAAGGAAUAUAUAUAUAUAUAUAUAUAUAUAUAGAAAAACUGCUAAAUAUGACGGAUCUAGAUUCCCAGGUAUUUAAUUUUGGUGUUUGGUCUAAUUGAGGUAUCAGGAAAACAAGUUACAAAUUUGGCAGCCGCUUUUGAGGAACUAGCUAGUGUUCAUGUGUGGCAUGUAGUGAUAGCUUAUGAGUAAUUAGACACAUCUUCUGUGUAUUGCAUGGAGUUUGAAGUAAGUCGCACUGUACUUGAUUUGUGAAUAGUGCGGCUUUGCUAUAGAUUUUUAAAUUCCAUAUUGAUGAUAUUGAAAUAUGAUAAUCUCUGGAGCAGUCACAUGAAGUUGCAUAGGCCGUAGAUAGAUGAGGAAGUAGUAAUAUAGUUCUGACCGUCUUAGAAGGAAAUAGUGUGUAGUGUUGCUUGAAAUUUCAAUGACAGAGAGAUUGUUGUAUGUACAAUUUUUGUUUGUGAGGAAAUUAUCUCUUGAAAAAAUUUAA